CGCCGCAGAGGCGUACCCGAGACCCGAGGGUGGGCGGCGCGAGCGGCUGUUACCUUCAGCUCUGCUUCUCUGAGGGAAACGGGCGCUGACCUGCGGUCGGUCCGACUGUAACCAACAUGAGCGGCCUGGAUGGGGUCGAGAAGACCCCUCCCCUUCAAACGCACAGCAUCACUAUUUCUGACCACGUCCCGGGCGACCCGGACGCGCGCCAGUGCCUGACGCUCCGCGACCAAAGCGAGGCGACACAGGUGAUGGCGGAGCCGGGUGAGGGAGGCUCGGAGACCGUCGCGCUCCCGGCCCCGCAGGCUUCCGAGGAAGGGUGCGUACCCCAGGAUCCCGCGGGCCGCGGCGGCACUCCCCAGAUCUGCGUUGUUGGGGGUCGCGGUCAUGUGGCGAUCACAGCCGGGCAGGAAGAGGGCCAGCCUCCCGCCGAGGGCCUGGCAGCCGCUUCUGUGGCAGUGGCAGCGGACCACAGCCCGAAGAAGGGCGUUCGGGGUGGAGAGAGGGCCCUAGAACUCGGUGACGCCGAGGGGUCCGCGUCGGAGCUGACGGCGGGGGCGGGGGCGGAGGAGGCGCCGAGAGGAAAGUGCGCCAGCGCCUCGGCGGCCGUGGCUGAGGAGCAGAGGGCUGCGGUGGUGCUGAAGGAAGGCCUGGCGGAGGAGGAGGGAGUGGAGGAGCAGAUGGCGGUCGAGGAGCAGCCGCCAGAGGGUGAAGAAAUAGACGUGGCGGAGGAAGAGGCGAGGGAGGAGGAAGGGCCGUGGCCUCUGCAUGAGGCUCUCCGCAUGGACCCUCUGGAGGCCAUCCAGCAGGAACUGGACACUGUGAAUGCUCAGGCCGAUAGGGCCUUCCAACAACUAGAGCACAAAUUUGGGCGGAUGCGUCGACACUACCUGGAGCGGAGGAACUACAUCAUUCAGAAUAUUCCCGGCUUCUGGAUGACGGCUUUUCGAAACCACCCCCAGUUGUCUGCCAUGAUCAGGGGCCAAGAUGCAGAUAUGUUAAGGUACAUAACCAAUUUAGAGGUGAAGGAACUCAGACACCCUAGAACUGGCUGCAAGUUCAAGUUCUUCUUUAGAAGAAACCCCUACUUCAGAAACAAGCUGAUUGUCAAGGAAUAUGAGGUAAGAUCUUCCGGCCGAGUGGUGUCUCUUUCCACUCCAAUUAUAUGGCGCAGGGGGCAUGAACCCCAGUCUUUCAUUCGCAGAAACCAAGACCUCAUCUGCAGCUUCUUCACCUGGUUCUCAGACCACAGCCUUCCAGAGUCCGACAAGAUUGCUGAAAUUAUUAAAGAAGAUCUGUGGCCAAAUCCACUGCAAUACUACCUGUUGCGUGAAGGAGUCCGUAGAGCCAGACGUCGCCCGCUAAGGGAGCCAGUAGAGAUCCCCAGGCCCUUUGGGUUCCAGUCGGGUUAACUUUUGCCCUUGGGAAUACUGCUGCACAAGGUCUCCCACCACCACCUGCUGGACCUGUGCUUGAGUAACGGAAGUGGGUAUGCCUUCUGCUGUGUUUUGUUUUUGCUGACUUUUCUGCACCGUCUUUCCUUUGGAUAUUCACUUCUCUCAACCUCAAGAUUGAGACGGUGGUGGAUAUGCUUCUCCACUUCCGUAGGACCUCCUUAUUCUGGAAUAUCACGUGCUACGAUACCAUCCUUCACACUACUAAGCCAAGCAAAUGAUACUGUAGAUGGUACUGCCUUUAUCUGUACUGCUUGGACCCUGUUUAUUCCCAGGGCCUCUGAACUAGUUGCUAUCACCUGGAUUUCUAGCUUUGUCUGCGAGCCUAUUCUAUCUACCUAGCUCUGCAUCGGGCAGUAUGGGCACAUGGCCUGUGGACAGUUACUGGACGUUAAUGAAUUCAGGAAAAAAGCAGUGGAACCACUUGUUCUGUGUGAUUUAUGCUACUUCAUUGUUCUUCCUUCACCUCUAAUCACUUUCUGUUGCUACUUGCCCUACUUUGGCUGCUGCCGAGGUCCCUCUCUCCCUCCUCCUCUUUUCUCCUAUUUAUCUCUUUCUUUUUUCUUUUUUUGAGGCAGAGUCUUGUUAAGUCGCUCAGGCUGGACCUUGGCUCCCUGCAGACUCCGCCUCCGGCUUCAAGCGAUUCUCCUGCCUCAACCUCCUGAGUAGCUGGGACUACA